CGUUUCUCUUCCUUUCUUCCCUUUUUUUUUUUAUAUGUAACGGAUAACGUCCUUACCACCUUAUCAUCAUUCGUUCACGAUCACCAUACUGCCCACCCGAGUAAUCCGUUUCUCUUUUCUUUCCGCCGCCUCUGCUAUUCCCAAAGCCCCUCUGAUUCGAUCAUCUUUUCCCUUUUCGUUGUUUUCAAUCAAUCGUUGAUUUGCUUAAUUAAUUAAUGGACUGUGCCCUCUUCUCCCGCACCACCUCGUCCUCUGCUCUUAAUUGUUCAACUAUCACGGCGGAGAACGCCAAGCCGCCGCUCCGGUUGGGUUUUCAGAAUUGGCGGGCCCGGGAUUCUGUUCCCCGGUCGCGGAGGCGAUUGGUUUUGGUGGCCAGUGAUAGGAAUAGUGGUAAUCAGUGUGAAUUCAGCGGAUUGACCGCCCCGUUGGAGCCGAUAACGCAGCCGGGGAGGCUAUUGAGCACGGUGUUUCAGAAUGAUCGAGAGUAUUUUCCGAUCGCCGUGGAGAAGCAGCUGAAGCAAUUGGCUUGCGACCGGGAUGAAGCCGUCGCGAGGAUGAAUUUGAGCUUGGGUUCUGAUGAAGCAUGCCUCCACAGGAGAAUUGCUGAUUUGAGAGAGAUGGAUUGCCAAGCUGGAGUUGAAGAUGUGAUGUACAUGCUAAUACUAUACAAGUUCUCCCAGAUAAAGGUCCAUUUAGUUCCCCGACUAGCCAAAUGCAUUUAUAAUGGGAGGUUAGAAAUAUGGCCUUCAAGGGACUGGCAAUUGGAGUCAAUACACAGCUCGGAAGUCCUUGGUAUGGUCAAAGACCAUCUUGCCACCGUCAUUGGUUGGAGUCCAGACUCGGGUGUCACGGAUAAUUGGGCCCCAACCAAAGUCCGUCGGCUCCACCUAAGCAAAGUCUAUGCCAAAUCUAUUCUAUACGGUUAUUUUCUCAAAUCUGUUUCACUGAGACACCAUCUUGAACGAACUUUUCUUGAAGACUAUUCAUUAUCAAGCAAAAGACCACUUUGUCCUUCGGGUCCGGGGAGUGGUUUGCAAAUGUCAUUAGUUCAGGAGGCGAAGCCCGAAACAACGUUGAAGUCUUAUGUGAUGAGGAGAUUUGAUAGAGAAACCGUACAAAUAUAUGGUAAGCCAAAAUCUAAGGCUGCAAUCAACCUGAUGGAGAGGCACACAAAUGCGUUGUUUGGGGUUGUAGAUAGAGAUGAUGUAAUUUCAACUUCAUUGGCUAGUCUUAAAAGGAUUGUGUUAGAGGCUGUUGCUUUUGGCUCUUUCCUAUGGGAAAUCGAAGAAUACACCAACACUACAUAUAACCAUGAGGCUUACUAGUUACUAAGUUUGUGGUGUAUAUAUGCUUUCUCAUAUGUAUGUAAUAUAGUUUUAGUGAAUUAGUGCCUCUUGUUCCAUACAACACUUUCACCACAAGUUUAGUUUCAUAAUCGGUGCUCGGAUAUACAAGAAUGUUCAUCUUCCAAUUAUGAGAGCAUCACAAUUAAUUAAUUAUCAUUGGUGAAGUAUAUGAAAUUAUAU